AAUAACAAAUGAAGAUGCAAAGCUUCACCAUGCAUCAUCAUUUGGCAUUUCUCCUGCUCUUUUCAGCUCCUUUAGUGGCUUUUGUUAUGAGCACUCCUGAGAAUUUCCAGCAAUGCCUCUCUCUUCACUCCGAAAACACAACGGCAAUCUCUAAACUCGUUUAUACUCCAAUCAACUCUUCGUAUUCUUCCGUCUUGGACAUUACCAUACAGAACCUGCGGUUCUUGACUCCUUCCGCUCCGAAACCAUUACUCAUCGUGACACCGCUCCAUGUCUCCCAUGUCCAAGCCGCCAUCACUUGCUCCCGGCGGUACGGACUCCAAACGAGAAUCCGAAGUGGUGGUCACGACUAUGAGGGUCUUUCAUACUUGUCCAAAGUCCCGUUCGUCAUCAUGGACAUGGUGAAUCUCCGAUCCAUCGCUGUGGAUGUGGAGGACGAAACAGCGUGGGUCCAAUCGGGUGCAACGGUUGGUGAGCUCUACUAUAGGAUUGCCGAGAAGAGCAAAACCCUAGGCUUCCCGGCUGGUGUCUGCCCCACAGUCGGCGUGGGUGGGCACUUCAGUGGCGGAGGCUAUGGCACGAUGCUGCGCAAAUAUGGCCUUGCCGUUGAUAACGUAAUCGAUGCCCAGUUGGUCAAUGCACAAGGUCGGCUCCUGGAUAGAGAAUCCAUGGGGGAAGAUCUCUUUUGGGCUAUCCGAGGUGGAGGCGGUGGCAGCUUCGGUGUAGUAGUGUCCUGGAAAGUCAAGCUGGUCCCGGUACCGUCGACCGUGACCGUGUUCACGCUCUUGAGGACGCUGGAGCAACAUGCGACCAAGCUCGUGCACCAGUGGCAACUUAUCGGGAACGAGCUUCCCAACGACCUAUUUAUGCGGGUGAUCUUGCAGAGUUCCAACUCUGGCCCCAACGGGACGAGGACGAUGGAAGCGUCGUUUAACACUCUUUACCUCGGUGGGGUCGACGCGCUCCUCGAGGUGACGAGGAGCAGCUUCCCGGAACUGAAUGUCACGAGACAGGACUGCACCGAGAUGAGCUGGAUCGAGUCGAUCCUCUACUUCGCGGGGUUUAGUGGAGAGCCCUUGGAAGUCUUGCUGAACAGGAGCUCCAACACCAAAUUAUACUUCAAGCACAAGUCUGAUUAUGUGAAGGAGCCGAUCCCUAAGAGUGGCUUAGAGGGGAUGUGGGAGAGGUUCUUUGAGGAAGAUGUAGGGGUGGCUCAAAUGAUUUGGAACCACUACGGCGGGAGAAUGAGCGAGAUUUCAGAAUCCGCCCUUCCCUUCCCUCACAGAGCUGGCGUUCUGUACAAGAUCCAGCACUUAACGUCAUGGACCGAUGGAGGCGACGAGGUGGCUUCAAAGCACGUGAGUUGGAUACGAAGCUUCUACAGUUAUAUGGCGCCGUAUGUGUCGAAAUCUCCUCGAGAGGCCUAUAUCAACUACAGGGAUCUGGACAUAGGAACGAACAACGUGAAAGGCGACACGGGUUAUAAGCAAGCGAGCGCUUGGGGAAAGAAAUACUUCAAGAACAAUUUCGACAGGUUGGUGCGUGUGAAGACCGCAGUCGAUCGGGGCAACUUUUUCCGACACGAGCAAAGUAUUCCUCCAUUUUCAUUUUAAUUUUGGUGUAUUCGUCGCAGUAACAAGAUGAUACUUUGUAAUAAGUGGAACAUUUGACAGUGUCCAUGUUUGAACUACGUGUGGAUUUUCUUAUGGUGCUUCACAUGAGCAUUAUCGUGUUCGGGGCUAUUUG